AUGGUUUCGUGUCCAAUUUGUGGACCAAAGCUGUCCAUUUGUUGUACAGUACUUAGUAUUUGGGGUGUUGUGAUGUUGGCCUUGUUAGGUGUAUUCUUCAGAAUACACAGUCCUGCAUUGUUUGAAGACAUUCCAUUAACAGAAGAAGACUGGGAACACCAUAACCACACACAAUCAUAUCUACAUGAGAAAUAUGAACAAGCUGGGCUCAACUGUUUUAUAGCUGCAGGGAUAUAUGUCCUCUUCUUUUUCUUUUCCUGUUUUCAACAAAGAAUGAAUGCUAGAUCUAGUAAUAUAAUUAAUUAA